AUGCGGCUGCAGCUUCCGGAAAUUCCGCAGCUGCCGCCGGCGCAGCAGGAGCCCGAAAGGCCCCCCAGAAGAGACCCCAGCCCUCUGCGAAGUCCUUCUGUAAAUGUCCAUCAAGAACGGGCCCCGCGGCGGGAGCCUCUUGUGCACGGCGGGUCAUUUCUGAUAGAAACAACAGGUGCAGCAGCAGGCUUUGCUGCUGCUGCUGCAGCGCGGAAUUCUGCUGCUGCUGCUGCUGCUGCUGCGCGGAGUUCUGCUGCUGCUGCUGCUGCUGGCAUGUCUCGCAGCUCGAGUCCUCUGUCUCGGCCUUGUGCUGCUUCUUCUUUUUUGAAAUCUGUAAAUUCUUUUAAUCUGAAAAGUUCUUUUUUCAACUGCUGCCAAGAAAGCAGCAGCAGCAGCAGCAGCAGCAGCAGCAGCUGCUGCUGCUGCACCCCCGCGCGCCACAGCACCUGUCCAGACACCGCAAGCGCCUUCGCAGACACUUCCACUCCUCCGGAACUUUCGGACUUUUCUCAUUUUCAAAUAAAUCAAAUUUCUCCAGAAGUUCCAUUUAAAAGAUAUAUUCCUCCGAAUUACUUUGAAGACACGGGCUACUGGAGCCAGCCUCCUGCUGCUGCUGCUGCUGCUGCUGCAGCAGCAGCAGCAGCCACGCCCACUGCUGCAGCAGCAACGCCCACUGCUGCAGCAGCAGCGCCGCCCCAGCAGCAGCACGAGCAAAGGCCCUUCACCCCGAAACAGCGAACGUUUCAGCAGCAGCAGCAGCAGCAGCAGCAGCAGCAGCAGCAGCAGCAGCAGCAGCAGCAGCAGCAGCAGCAAUUUCCCGAAAGAACUGCUGCUCCCGACUCGCUGCUGCCAGUUGUGGGGCGCAGCAUUGGGCUGGAUGUACACCGCAGUUUGCCGCCAGUUCAAACUCGGGUGUACGGAGGCCUCGGAGAAGUUUCGGGUUUGUUAUUUCAUUUUAUUUAUUUCAUUUAUUUAUUUAUUUCAUUUUAUUUAUUUUAUUUAUUUAUUUCAUUUUAUUCAUUUUAUUUCAUUUUAAUUCAUUUUGUUUCAUUUUAA